AUGCUUACAGAUCAAAGAUUUUCAAUUGAUACUACUGCUUAUCAUGAUCAUUAUUUUGGAACUCGACCAACAAAUCUUUUUAAUUGGGUUUGGGCACAAUUUCAUCGAGUCGAUAAAGAUUUUUUAUUAAUCUUGAGCAGUUAUCAUAUACUUACAACUAAAGAUAUUUAUGUUGGAUACAUACUUAUUCGUUGGAGAGAUCAACGAAUUGAAAUAGGAUUAUUGUGUGGAGAUCAAUUCGAUUUGACACCAUUAGAAUGGCAAAUUGUUGAUAGUUGA